CAUAAAACUAGUUUUCCUUACUGUUUCUCCUCUGUUUUCUUUUUCAUUUUUCUUUUAGAUUAAUCGUACGCAGCCCGCCCCUACCCACUCAACCCUCAAUCGAGACUCGCCGGCGCUCGGCCGACAAAAUAUUAGUUAACGGCAAACUUUGAGAAGGCGAAAGCAGCGAUACGGCGUCGUCGUCGUGUUCAAUUCGCAUCCCCGGAUUUGAAUUACACAUUUUAUCGACCUAAAUUUGGAUAAUGUCGGAGGACGAGAAGUUGCUUAAGGAGGCGAAGAAAUUGCCGUGGGAGGAUCGCCUGACGCACAAGAAUUGGAAGGUGAGAAAUGACGCGAAUAUUGAUUUGGCGGCCGUCUGCGACUCCAUAUCUGAUCCCAAGGACCCGCGGCUCCGUGAAUUCGGUCCGUUUUUCCGGAAGACCCUGGCGGAUUCCAAUGCUCCCGUUCAGGAGAAAGCUCUGGACGCCCUCAUUGCGUUUUUGAAAGCUGCGGAUGCUGAUUCUGGAAGAUACGCAAAGGAGGUAUGCGAUGCAAUAGUGGCAAAAUGCCUGACUGGAAGGCCCAAAACAGUAGAAAAGGCACAGAUGGCAUUUAUGCUCUGGGUAGAGUUGGAGGCCGUUGAACCUUUCCUGGAUGCUAUGGAGAAGGCAAUAAAGAACAAAGUUGCUAAAGCUGUAGUCCCGGCAAUAGAUGUCAUGUUUCAGGCGUUAAGUGAAUUUGGGUCAAAGAUAAUACCACCAAAAAGAAUGUUGAAGAUGCUUCCGGAACUUUUUGACCAUCAAGAUCAGAAUGUUCGUGCCUCUUCGAAAGGCCUGACACUAGAGCUUUGCCGUUGGAUAGGAAAAGAUCCUGUCAAAUCUAUACUGUUCGAAAAAAUGCGAGAUACAAUGAAAAAAGAGUUGGAGGCUGAGCUUGCGAAUGUAAUUGGAACAGCAAAGCCCACACGUAAAAUCAGGUCCGAGCAAGACAAGGAACCUGAACCAGAAGCUGUUCCUGUAGCAGCGGGAUUGGGGCCUGCUGAAGACAGUGCAGCUGAGGUGCCACAAGAGAUUGAUGAGUAUGAACUUGUUGAUCCAGUUGAUAUAUUGACACCUUUAGAGAAAUCUGGAUUUUGGGAAGGAGUGAAAGCUGCCAAAUGGUCUGAACGGAAAGAGGCUGUUGCAGAACUAACCAAACUUGCAUCUACUAAAAAGAUUGCUCCGGGAGAUUUUUCGGAAGUUUGUCGGACAUUAAAGAAGCUUAUUACAGAUGUAAACAUUGCUGUUGCAGUUGAGGCUGUUCAAGCUCUUGCAAAUCUUGCCAAGGGUCUGAGAACCCAUUUCUCAGCCAGCUCUCGCUUUGUAUUGCCUGUUUUACUGGAAAAACUGAAGGAAAAGAAGCCUACUAUGACAGAGGCAUUGACACAAACUCUUCAGGCAAUGCACAGUUCGAUUUCAAACCGAAAAUCAAUUGGUUGGAUUGGUUCGGUUACCGAUAUUAAGACAGCAGUAAAAAAUAAAGUUCCUCUAGUGAGGUCAUUGACGAUGAAUUGGGUUACGUUUUGUAUUGAGACGAGCAACAAGGCUACUAUAAUUAAAGUGCACAAGGAAUAUGUUCCAAUCUGCAUGGAGUGCCUUAAUGAUGGGACACCUGAAGUCAGGGAUGCAGCUUUCUCAGCUUUGGCAGCUGUUGCUAAGAUGGUUGGUAUGAGACCCUUAGAGAAGUCUUUGGAGAAGUUGGAUGAUGUUAGGAAAAAAAAGUUAUCUGAAAUGAUUGUGGGUUCAGGGGACCCAUCCACUGUUCCUAGCUCAGCUGCAGCUCAAUUAUCUGGAGGAAGUAUGCCUAGUACCGAGGCCUCAGAUGGAUCAUUUGUUAGAAGAUCAGCAGCUAGCAUGCUCAGUGGGAAGAAGCCUAUUAAUGCAGCUCCUGUGGCGUCCAAGAAAACGGCAUCAGGGAAAUCUGGUACCAACAAGAAAAUUGAUGGAGGACUAUCAAAAAUUCCUAAGCCCGUGGAACAGGAAGAAAUUGAGCCAUCAGAAAUGAGUUUGGAAGAGAUCGAAACCAGAUUAGGAUCCCUUGUACAAGCAGAUACAAUUACUCAGUUAAAGAGUGCUGUUUGGAAAGAGCGGCUUGAAGCUAUUUUGUCUUUCAAAGAGCAGGUUGAAGCACUAAACAACCUUGAUUCAUCUGUUGAGAUUUUGGUCCGUUUACUUUGUGCUGUUCCUGGAUGGAAUGAGAAGAAUGUACAGGUCCAGCAACAGGUUAUUGAUAUCAUUACGCACAUAGCUUCAACAUCGUCGAAGUUCCCCAAAAAAUGUGUCGUGCUUUGCAUACUAGGCAUUACCGAGAGAGUGGCUGACAUUAAGACUCGUGCUCAGGCCAUGAAGUGCCUUACUACCUUUUGUGAGGCUGUGGGCCCAGGGUUUAUUUUUGAGAGGCUGUAUACAAUUAUGAAAGAUCACAAGAAUCCCAAGGUCCUUAGUGAAGGCUUGUUGUGGAUGGUUUCCGCGGUGGAGGACUUUGGUAUUUCUUUUAUCAAACUGAAGGAUCUAAUUGAUUUCUGCAAGGAUAUUGGUUUACAGUCUAGUGCUGCUGCAACUAGAAAUGCUACAGUUAAGCUAAUUGGUUCUCUACACAAGUUUGUUGGACCAGAUAUUAAGGCGUUCCUCUCAGAUGUUAAACCUGCUCUGCUAAGUGCUCUUGAUGCUGAGUAUGAAAAAAAUCCAUUUGAAGGAGCAUCUGCAGUUCCAAAGAAGACUGUGAAAGUAACUGAUUCUACAUCAUCCGUGGCUGCUGGUGGAGUGGAUGGUCUUCCACGUGAAGAUAUUAGUGAAAAGAUCACUCCGACCUUGUUGAAGGGCCUGGAGAGUUCAGACUGGAAGAUACGCUUGGAGUCCAUUGAAACUGUGAAUAAAAUACUGGAAGAGGCCAACAAGCGUAUUCAACCCACUGGAACUGGAGAUUUAUUUGGAGCUCUACGAAAUCGUUUGCACGAUAGCAACAAAAAUUUAAUCAUGGCAACCUUGAACACAAUUGGUGCUCUUGCUUCUGCUAUGGGCCAGCCAGUUGAGAAGGCGAGCAAGGGUAUUUUGUCAGAUAUCUUGAAGUGUCUUGGUGACAAUAAGAAGCACAUGCGAGAGUGCACAUUAAGUACCUUAGACGCUUGGCUUGGAGCUGCUCAUCUUGAUAAAAUGGUCCCUUAUGUUACAGCUGCUCUCACGGAUGCUAAGCUUGGUGCAGAAGGGCGCAGGGAUCUUUUUGACUGGUUGUCCAGACAACUUGGUGGAUUAACUGAUUUUCCUGAUGCUGUUCAGCUGCUUAAACCGAUUGCUUCUGCUAUGACGGAUAAAUCGGCAGAUGUUCGUAAAGCUGCUGAAACAUGCUUUACUGAAGUAUUGAGGGUGUGCGGACCAGAUAUGGUGAUGAAGAAUUUGAAAGAUAUACAAGGCUCUGCCUUAGCUAUUGUUGUUGAAAGGCUGAAACAUCAUGGGGCAUUCCAUGAAAGCAUCGAAUCUGGUAGAUCAAUUUCAGCAAGUGUAUCAUCAAAAAACACCUCAAAGUUCGGGAAAUCCAAUGGUUAUGGUGACCGAUCACGGCAUGGAACCAGAGCUGCGCCUUCAAGAGCUGUUCCUACCAAGGGUUCAAGACAAGAGACUGUGAUGUCUAUUCAAGACAUCAACAUUCAGUCACAAGCUUUGUUUAAUAUUAAGGACUCAAACAAGGAUGAUAGAGAAAGAAUGGUUGUCCGCAGAUUCAAGUUUGAGGAAUUACGUUUAGAGCAAAUUCAAGAUCUUGAGAAUGAUGUCAUGAGGUAUUUCAGAGAGGAUUUGCAUCGAAGGCUGUUAAGCACUGACUUUAAGAAGCAAGUUGAUGGGAUUGAGAUGCUGCAGAAGGCUCUUCCAUCUAUGGGAAGGGAGUUUGUUGAAGUCUUUGAUAUACUCUUGAGGUGGUUUGUUUUGAGGUUCUGUGAGUCCAAUACAUCGUGCUUAUUAAAGGUGCUGGAAUUUCUUCCUGAACUCCUGGACAUGUUAAGGAAUGAGGGCUACACAAUGACUGAAGCAGAGGCAGCCAUUUUUCUUCCUUGCUUGGUUGAGAAGGCUGGACAUAACAUUGAAAAGGUUCGAGAAAAAAUGCGGGAACUGAUGAAGAAAGUUAUUCACUCAUAUUCUGCUGCAAAAACAUUUCCCUAUAUUUUGGAAGGCCUGCGUUCUAGAAACAACAGAACAAGAAUAGAAUGUGCUGAUCUUGUUGGAUUCUUACUGGAUAAUUAUGGUGCUGAGAUAAGUGGGCAAUUAAAAUCCUUGCAAAUUGUAGCAAGUUUAACUGCAGAGAGAGAUGGUGAUACCAGGAAAGCUGCUUUAAAUACUUUGGCUAUAGGAUAUAAAAUUUUAGGUGAUGACAUUUGGAGAUAUGUUGGGAAGCUUACCGAAGCGCAACGAAGCAUGUUAGAUGAUAGAUUUAAGUGGAAGGCACGCGAGAUGGAGAAGAGGAAGGAAGGAAGGCCUGGUGAAGCUAGAACUGCGCUAAGGCGCUCAGUGAGGGAUAAUGGUUCGGAUCCAGCUGAGCCAAGUGGAGAAGUUUCACGGUCUAUUAACGUGCCUAUAUUCAACCGGGAGAACUUUGGUCUUCCCGAAGUUCACACAGAUAGAUUUCAAUUGACCCAGACAUAUAUUGCUAUGGGCCCUACAGAUUGGAAUGAAGCUUUGGAUAUUAUACAACAUGGUUCCCCUGAGCAGUCUGUUGAAGGGAUGAAAGUUGUAUGCCAUGAAUUGGCACAAGCAACAGCUGAUCCUGAUGGCAACAGAUUGGACGAUGUACUGAAAGAUGCUGAUAAACUUGUGGCAAAGACUUUUGACUUUUGUCUCACUGGUGCCUCUUCAAGGUCUUGUAAAUAUGUCUUGAACACUCUGAUGCAGAUUUUUCAGAACAAGAGACUUGCUCAUGCAGUCAAGGAAAGAACCCUUGAUAUUCUAAUUACGGAACUCUUGCUUUGGCUCUUGGAUGAAAGGGUUCCUCAGAUGGAUGAUGGCAGUCAACUCUUGAGAGCUCUGAAUGUUUUGAUGUUGAAGAUACUGGACAACGCCGACCGAACUUCAUCAUUUGUCGUGCUUAUAAAUCUCUUGCGGCCUCUGGAUCCAUCGAGGUGGCCUGCUCCAGCAACAAACGAGUCUCUCAUUGUUAGGAAUCAGAAGUUCUCGGAUUUGGUUGUCAAGUGUUUAAUCAAACUUACCAAGGUCUUGCAAAAUACAAUAUACGAUGUAGAUCUUGAUCGCAUCCUCCAGAGUAUCCAUAUAUAUCUACAAGAAUUGGGAAUGGAUGAAAUACGGAAGAGAGCUGGAGCUGAUGAUAAACCACUUCGGAUGGUUAAAACUGUUCUGCAUGAGCUUGUCAAACUUCGUGGUACUGCCAUUAAGGGUCAUCUUUCCAUGGUCCCAAUCGACAUGCAACCUCAACCUAUCAUUCUGGCCUAUAUUGAUCUUAAUCUUCAGACUUUGGCAGCUGCAAGAAUGUUGACGCCAUCUGUACCAGUUGGGCAAACUCAUUGGAAUGACUCGAUUGCCAACAACCCAGCACCUGCGGCACACUCGGCUGAUUCCCAACUGAAGCAAGAACUGGCUGCGAUAUUUAAAAAAAUUGGUGACAAGCAAACUUGCUCGAUUGGUCUGUAUGAGCUAUAUCGUAUAACACAGUUAUACCCUCAGGUUGAUAUAUUCGCACAGCUUCAAAAUGCCAGCGAAGCAUUCCGGACAUAUAUUAGAGAUGGCUUGGCCCAGAUGGAGAGAAAUGCAGCUGCUGGAAGAACACAUGCAAGUGUGCCAUUACCUACUCCACCACCAGCAGCUCUUAACCUCUCUCCAAGAUAUGGCCCUCUUUCCCCUGUAAAUAAUUCAAAUCCGUUGACUGACUCACGGAAUAUGAACACAAGAGUUGAACCCACAAAUUUUAGCUUGCCUCCGUCAUAUACAGAAAAUGAUGCCGUCACUUCGAAAGUAUCGAGUUACGACCAAUCGGGGCUACAACAGAAUUUUGAGGAGUCGAGAAAUGACAGAUACCCAGCUGGUGUCGUAAAUGGAUCUCUAGACGCCAUUAGAGAGAGAAUGAAGAGCAUUCAGUUAGCUGCUGCUGGAGUGAACCCCGAGUCAAGAAACCGGCCAUUAAUACAAGUAAACGGAAAUGCUAAUAAUCCAUCCGUUACAGAAGGGCAAACUGGUAAUAGUCAUAUGCAGGGAGGUAUACUUCCUAUGGACGAGAGGGCCUUAUCUGGCCUCCAGGCUCGUAUGGAGAGGUUAAAGAGUGGCUCGUUUGAUUCUUUGUAGGCUGAUAGAGGCUCUAAAGGCUUUAAAGUUGGUGUGAUUUUUUCUUUUUUUAAAUUGUUGCAACAGGUAUUAUGUAAGAUGUUUGUUGCUAUCUUUGUAAAUGGCGACUGUAACUGAUACUAUUUGCAACCACGACUUGAUUUAUUUUCGCGCGCUUGUAAUUUUGAUAUUGGAAGAGCCGAGCUUUAUUAUCUAUUGCAUAAUAUAUAUUUUUUUUGGAACAAUCUCAUUAUGUUUUGUUAAGUUGUAUAUUGUGGUGGUUCAUUU